UUGAUUUUCCAGAAAAAUGAGCUGCGUAGCGCUGAUACGUUAGAUGGUCUUUGGACAUUUGUUCGAGAGCAAAGUAACUCGGACGACGUUGGCUUGAACUCUUCCUGGCAUACAAUGGAUCUGACCAAAUUCGCUAAUGCGACAGUGAUGCCAGUGCCAGCAGCAUACAAUGAUAUGUCAGCAAGUGCUGAUCUUCGAGACCAUGUUGGUUGGGUAUGGUAUCAGACUAUGGUGAUCAUACCCGAACGUGACGCGGGUCAACGUCUCGUGCUCCGCUUCGGUAGCGUCAACUACUAUGCCAAAGUGUUCUUUAAUUCUAAAGAGGUCGGAUCUCAUGUGGGUGGCCAUCUACCAUUUGAGUUCGAUGUCACAAAUGUGGCAAAGCUCGGAGCGAUUAAUAAGGUUACGGUUGCCGUAAACAAUACUCUGUCAUGGUCGACAAUCCCGCAAGGCGAUUUCAACUAUAUGAAGGACUCCACACGAAACAUUGGUGGAAGAAAUAUCUCCAGAACACCCGAUGGUGCCUUCAAAAACAUAGGCAAUUUCGAUUUCUUCAAUUAUGCUGGAAUACUUCGUCCAGUGUACCUAUUGAAGCUACCGCCCAGUCAUAUAGUCGACGUUUGGAUCAUUGCCGAACAUCUAGGAUCGUUUUCUUAUCAAGUCACCCUUAGCCAAAACCGUUCUGAUGAAGAUGUCGUUGUUCGAAUGUUAGAUCCAGAUGGAAACGUGGUGUACUCGGCACGUGGUCUUGAACAGAAGGGUUCCAUAACAGCGGUGAAGCCGUGGUGGCCUCGAGGGAUGGGUGAGCCAAAUCUAUACACAUUGGAGGUAGAAUUGGUGGUGCCACGAGAGCAAGUCCGGCUGGAUAUCUACCGACAAAAGUUCGGUUUUCGUUCAGUCGGCUGGAGUGAAAACCAGAUCCUAAUCAACGACAAACCAUUUUAUUGCCUUGGUUUCGGUAUGCACGAAGAUUUUGAGAUUCAUGGUCGUGGAUUCAAUCCGGUUGUAAUGACAAAGGAUCUUAACCUGCUCGAAUGGAUGGGUGGAAAUUGCUACCGCACCACGCACUAUCCUUAUGCUGAGGAGAGAAUGGCAGAAAGUGAUCGUCGAGGAAUUGCAGUUGUCGUCGAAACACCGGCCGUAGGACUUAAGGGUUUCUCAAAAGAGAACAACUUGCUUCAUCUGAAAAUGCUCGAAGAACUAAUCCAACGAGACAAAUCGCAUCCUUGUGCGAUCAUGUGGAGUCUGGCCAAUGAGCCGAAAAGCGAUCGAAAGGAAUCCAGAGUAUAUUUCAAGAGUCUUGUCGACCACGCCCAUGAUCUAGACAAGACUCGCCCAGUGACUAUUGUGUACGGACCAACUAGCUUUGACAAUGAUCAGACAGCUGACCUCAUAGACGUUAUCUCUGUUAAUCGAUACUACGGGUGGUAUAUUGAUAUGGGCAAGUUGGACUGGAUCAAUCAAAGCGUAUACUGGGAUAUCGCUCAAUGGUCAGACAAGUAUAAACGACCUAUUAUAGUCACCGAAUACGGAGCUGACAGUCUACCAGGGUUGAAUCAGGAGCCUUCCGUGGACUUCUCAGAGCAAUAUCAAAAUGAUCUCAUCAUUCAAACACAUCAUGCUUUUGACGUUCUUCGCAAGGAACACCGACUUGCUGGAGAGAUGAUUUGGAAUUUCGCCGACUUUAUGACUGCCAUGAGUAGGAACUUUAAUUCUAAGGAUUUUGCAGCCGUCCGUUAA